UCUGUCGUCCCCUUCUAUAAACUCGCUUUGGCAGUACGGAUUUUUUAGUCGUUUUUUAGAUUCCAUCGGGAGUUGGUUUGUGUUGUAGAGUUAUCGUUCUUGGAUAGAGUAAUUUUUUUUAUCAUAAAUUAAAAACAAGUACCACAAUGUCUGGUUUAAAUCCUUUUGCGCAGUUCCAAAAGUCUUUCAGCAAGGAUGGAGCUGAGUAUAAGUAUUUUGAUUUGGGAUCAAUUAACUCUAAAUAUGAUCAAUUACCAUAUUCCAUAAGAGUUCUAUUGGAAUCAGCCGUGCGUAAUUGCGACAACUUCCAUGUGCUAGAAAAAGACGUGCAGAGUAUUUUGGCUUGGACUCCAGAUUUGAAACAGGGACAAAACGAUGUUGAAGUAUCAUUCAAACCAGCUCGUGUAAUUCUUCAGGAUUUUACUGGUGUUCCCGCUGUUGUUGAUUUUGCAGCUAUGCGUGAUGCUGUGUUGGAAUUAAAAGGAAACCCUGAAAAAAUUAAUCCAAUCUGUCCCGCCGAUCUGGUCAUAGACCACUCUGUUCAAGUCGAUUUUGCUAGAACAUCAGAUGCUUUGUCAAAGAACCAAAAUUUAGAAUUUGAACGCAAUAAGGAACGUUUUACGUUUUUGAAGUGGGGAGCCCGUGCCUUUAACAACAUGUUGAUCGUGCCACCUGGUUCUGGUAUUGUCCAUCAAGUUAAUUUGGAAUAUUUGGCUCGUGUUGUUUUCGAAGCUGAUACUGAAGAUGGCUCUAAAAUGCUGUACCCUGACAGUGUUGUUGGAACCGAUUCCCAUACUACAAUGAUUAAUGGUUUGGGAGUACUUGGUUGGGGUGUUGGAGGUAUUGAAGCGGAAGCUGUUAUGUUGGGCCAGUCAAUUUCUAUGCUUUUACCUGAAGUAAUUGGAUACAAAUUGGUUGGAAAGUUGGGACCUCUUGUAACGUCCACCGACUUGGUUCUGACCAUAACAAAACAUUUGCGUCAACUGGGUGUAGUUGGAAAAUUUGUUGAGUUCUAUGGUGCUGGCGUAGCUGAGCUCAGCAUUGCUGAUCGUGCUACCAUAAGUAACAUGUGUCCGGAAUAUGGCGCCACUGUUGGUUAUUUCCCAAUAGACGAAAAUACUUUGAACUACAUGAAACAAACAAAUCGUUCUGAAAAGAAAAUUGAAAUUAUAAGACAAUAUUUGCAAGCCACAGGCCAGUUACGCAAUUACAUCGAUGAAUCUCAGGAUCCUAAGUUUACACAAACAAUUACAUUGGAUUUGGCUACUGUUGUUACUUCGGUGUCUGGACCCAAACGUCCACAUGAUCGUGUAUCCGUUUCCGAUAUGAAACAGGAUUUCCAAUCCUGUUUAGUGAAUCCAGUUGGCUUCAAGGGUUUCGCAAUUCCAAACGAUGCUAUGCAAGCUUCUGGACAAUUUCAGUGGGAUGAUGGCAAGAAUUACAACAUUAGACAUGGCUCAGUGGUUAUAGCUGCUAUCACUAGCUGCACCAAUACAUCAAAUCCAUCAGUGAUGUUGGGAGCAGGCAUGUUGGCUAAGAAGGCUGUUGAGAAAGGUUUGAGUAUUAUGCCCUAUAUAAAGACAUCGUUGUCACCUGGUUCUGGUGUUGUGACAUACUAUCUAAAGGAGUCUGGUGUAAUUCCAUACUUGGAGCAGUUGGGUUUCAAUAUUGUUGGCUACGGUUGUAUGACAUGUAUUGGAAAUUCGGGCCCACUAGAUGACAAUGUCGUUAACACUAUUGAAAAGAAUGGCUUAGUAUGCUGCGGUGUCUUGUCGGGCAAUAGAAACUUCGAAGGACGUAUUCACCCCAAUACUCGUGCCAAUUACUUGGCAAGUCCUUUGUUGGUUAUUGCUUAUGCAAUUGCUGGCCGCGUUGAUAUUGACUUCGAAACAGAACCUUUAGGUGUCGAUGGAAAUGGACAAAAGGUAUUUUUGCGCGAUAUUUGGCCAUCACGUACAGAAAUUCAAGAGGUUGAAAACAAACAUGUCAUACCUGCCAUGUUCCAAGAAGUAUACAGUAAAAUUGAAUUGGGUUCAGAAGAUUGGCAAACUUUGCAAGUUUCUGAUGGCAAAUUAUAUCCAUGGAACAAGGAAUCUACUUACAUCAAACGUCCACCAUUCUUUGAGGGAAUGACACAUGAAUUGAAUAACAUUAGCAGCAUCCAGAAGGCUCGUUGCUUAUUGUUUUUGGGUGACUCAGUUACAACAGAUCAUAUAUCUCCAGCUGGCUCGAUUGCUCGCAACUCUCCUGCUGCCCGAUAUCUUUCAGAACGCGGUCUAACUCCAAAAGAUUUCAACUCGUAUGGUUCUCGACGUGGCAACGAUGCCAUUAUGGCUCGCGGUACAUUUGCCAACAUCCGUUUAGUCAACAAAUUGAUCACCAAAACCGGACCGCGCACCAUCCACAUUCCAAGUCAAGAAGAAAUGGACAUUUUCGACUGUGCUGAGAGAUAUCGCGAAGAGGGUACACCUCUGGUGCUAGUUGUCGGCAAAGAUUAUGGCAGUGGUUCCAGUCGUGAUUGGGCUGCAAAGGGUCCUUUCCUAUUAGGCAUCAAAGCUGUGAUCGCCGAAUCCUAUGAACGUAUUCAUCGUUCUAAUUUGGUAGGUAUGGGCAUAAUACCCUUGCAAUUUUUGCCUGGCCAAAAUGCUGAAACACUCAACUUGAAUGGACGAGAGCAAUAUAGCAUUAGCAUCCCAGAGCAAGGACUUAAACCCGGUCAAAAGGUUCAAGUAGAGGCCGAUGGCAACGUUUUUGAGACCAUUUUACGUUUUGACACUGAAGUCGAUAUCACCUAUUUCAAAAAUGGUGGUAUUUUGAACUACAUGAUUCGCAAAAUGUUGAACUAAUUAAAAUCAAUUAUUUAAUAAAUUUAUACAAUUUUGUACGCAUUUUAUAUUAUAUAAUAUACAUAUAAAUCUUUAAAGUUUGGUGAUAUUGUGUUUAUAACCGUUUAAUCUAAAUAAAAAUUUAUUUAAUUUUGUUA